AGAGAAUGGGCAAACCGAUUUUGAUUGGACCAUGGAGCCUGUACUGCCUCCAGACCCACAGUUUCCUUCGGAAAGGAGCUCAUCCGUGCCACAGAAAAAAUUCCAUGUCCUGGUGGGAGUGACUGGCAGCGUGCCGCUCCUCGUCUCCCAGCUGCUGGAGAUCCCCGGGCUUGAGGUGAAGGUGGUCACUACCGAGAGAGCAAAACAUUUCUACAACGCCCAGGAAAUUCCUGUCACCCUCUACAGUGAUGAGGAUGAAUGGCAGCUGUGGAAAGGCCGCUCGGACCCGGUCCUGCACAUCGAGCUCAGGCGCUGGGCUGACCUCAUGGUGGUGGCCCCUCUUGAUGCCAACACGCUGGCCAAGCUGGCCAAUGGCAUCUGUGACAACUUGCUGACCUGUGUAAUCCGUGCUUGGGAUCUGAGCAAGCCCCUGCUCUUCUGCCCAGCGAUGAACACAGCCAUGUGGGAGCAUCCGCUCACAGCUCAGCACCGGGAGCAGCUCAAGGGCUUUGGCUACACUGAGGUCCCUUGUGUGGUGAAAAAGCUAGUGUGUGGAGAUGAAGGUCUAGGUGCCAUGGCUGAAGUGGGGACCAUUGUGGAGAGUGUGAGACGGAUCCUUGCAGAACAACGCGUCUUGCCAAGGCAGAGCUGACUGCUCGGCG